AUGAAGUCCUUCGCCAUCCUUGCUGUCGUUGGCGUUGCCCUCGCCCAGGAUGCGGGCAGCCUCCCCCAAUGCGGUCAAACCUGUGUCAACAACAUGAUCGCCAUUGCUCAGUCGUCGUUUGGCUGCUCCUCGGGAGACGUCGCCUGCUACUGCUCCAACCAGGACUUUGGCUACGGUGUGCGCGACUGCGCCAGAGAGGCAUGCGGCAGUGACGCCGUUGCCGCUCAGGUCAUCUCGUACGGAGCCACCUACUGCGCCGGUGAGUGA